AUGGGCGACACGAGAAGCCCAUCCCAUUCGUCGCUGAGCUGCUCUUGCCUAAUGAGCGUUCUGUUCUUGACGCUUGUGACGACGACGAGGGGGUGCAUGAAGGCGGAGAGGGACGCCCUCCUCGCCUUCAAAGCCGGCAUCCUCGACCCAUCCCGCCGCUUGUCCUCGUGGCGUCGCCCAGUGGACUGCUGCAGAUGGAGCGGCGUGGUGUGCGACAACACCACGGGCCACGUCGUGCAGCUCAACCUCCAGAAUGCGGAGGCUUACUACGACAAUUUGACGGUGUUGGGGGGUGAGAUCGGUCCAUCUUUGCUUUCUCUAACUCAUUUGCGUCGCUUGAAUCUCACUCAGAACGACUUCGGCGGCGCCCGAAUCCCCAAGUUCUUGGGUUCUUUUGGGAGACUCAGAUAUCUGGAUCUCUCUUAUUCCAAUUUCGGCGGAGCCAUUCCUCCCCAGCUGGGUAACCUGUCAACCCUCCGCUAUCUGAGCCUGUCCUCGUACAACUUGAGGAUCGACGCGGGGGACGACCUACAGUGGCUCUCGCGUCUCUCUUCUCUAACAUUCCUCCAAAUGAACUUUGUGAACCUCAGCACGGCCUCUCCCGAUUGGCUACGAGCCGUGAACCAGCUGCCCUCCCUGCAGCAACUCUAUCUGUCAGGCUGUGGUCUCACUGCCCUCCCCGAUUCUCUUUCCCGCGUCAACCUCACGGCUCUCACCACCCUCGAUCUCCGUGGCAACUUCUUCAACUCCACCUUUCCCAGCUGGCUUUUUGAACUCCGUAGCCUCUCCUAUCUCGCGAUCAGCAAUUCUGAAUUGUAUGGCACCGUACCUGCCGGGUUUGGGAACUUGACUCGUCUCGCGCAGCUCGACCUUAGCGGCAACUCGCUUUCCGGUUCCAUACCUGUCGAUCUCUGGAGUUUGGCCAGUCUAACCACACUUGAUCUCAGCCAUAAUUCAUUUACGAGUCCCCUUCUACCUGAAAUCGGGAACACGACAAGUCUGUCGCAGCUAAACCUCGUUCAGUGCUUCCUCGUGGGUUCCAUCCCUGCCGAGAUUGGGCGCUUGACCAGUCUUACGGAAUUACGCCUCAGCGGCAAUUCACUUUCGGGUCGAAUCCCCGCCGAGAUUGGGAAUCUGUCCAGCGUAACGCAGCUCGACUUGGGUCAUAAUUCACUCUCCGGACUGAUACCGGUUGAGAUCGGCAAGCUUUCCGACCUUUCCACCCUUGAUCUCUCCGAUAACUCCCUGGAGGGCACCUUGUCCGAACUCCAUUUCGUGAACCUAACCGAGUUGGUCGCCCUGUACGCUUACGCGAACCCUUUGACCAUCCGAUUCGACCACGACUGGGUGCCCCCUUUUCAACUUCAAUCCAUCAAAGUUGAUACCUGUGACUUGGGUCCCGCGUUUCCCAGGUGGCUCCGUUCUCAGGAAUUCCUCACUGAUAUUGAUCUGUCCAACACAAGCAUCGAAGAUACACUGCCUGAUUGGUUUUGGAAUUCUUCUUCAGGAUAA